GUCAUGGGCGGAGGCACCGCGAUAGGCCCAACCGGACCGCUGGAGCGAGCUGGAAGCGCAGCGGGCGUGCAUCCUCUUCCGCCCCGGCCCGGAAGGGUGAUGUGGCUGGACCAGCACCGGCUUCACUAUGUCUGCCAUUUUCAAUUUUCAGAGUCUAUUGACUGUAAUCUUGCUGCUUAUAUGUACGUGUGCUUAUAUCCGAUCCCUGGCACCCACCAUCCUGGACAGAAAUAAAACUGGACUAUUGGGAAUAUUUUGGAAGUGUGCCCGAAUUGGUGAACGCAAGAGUCCUUAUGUCGCCAUAUGCUGUAUAGUGAUGGCCUUCAGCAUCCUCUUCAUACAGUAGCUUCAGAAACUACCAGCAUGUGAUUGCCAUCAGACUGUAAACAAGGACUUGCCUCCAGAAAAUAAUGAGAAGAAUGGUUAAGCCAUUUGUCUCUGAACAUGGAUGAGAUAAAUUUCGAGAUGCUGUUCACUAUUUUUAUGCUAUUGGACCAAUGAGCUGAAUGAAUAAUUAAGAUGUAACAGUUUAAUACACAGGAAUGUGAUUGUAGCCAUCAACCUCGGUUCUCUCACUCCAGUAUUACAUUCUGCAAAUGUCAUUCUGUUGUGUCAGGACUGCUUUUCAUAAGGUUCUCCAGGCCCGAAGUAGAAACCCAGUGGCAAGUUCCACAGGCUCAUUUGACUAGGGCUUCAAAAUAAUGUCUUCACAGACUGAUACCUUCUAGCAACUGGCCUAUUUUUAUUGAGAAAGAAAAAUUGUUCUAUUUUUGUUGUUGUUACCGUUCUUAUGGAUUGCAUUCAUAUUUAAACCCUUUUGAUUGCUAACCAGAGUACCUCUAUUCUUGGCAAAUUCUGUAGUUUAUUACAGGUGUUUAAAGUAUUUUAAACAAAACUCUGAAUUUCUUUAAUUAGCAUAAGAGUUGGGCUUCUAGUCACAAAGAUACAGCAGCCACCCUAUGACGAAGAGUACCUUAGAAUGAAAAGCAGCAAGUAGAGCUGUGAGCAAGUAAACAUCGUGCAUUCUU